AUGGCUUCUGUGCUUUAUCUUGUGAUAUUCACAAUCUUUCAUCUGUUUGUUCAUCUUUCUUUGGCCGAUGAAGAGACGGUUUCGAAUCCAAGAUGUCCGAGUUUUCAAUGUGGAGAUCUUGGUUUUUUACACUUCCCUUUUUACAAUGGAACACAUCCUGAGUGUGGAUUCUUCAUUGUGGAUAACUGCAAUGAACAAAUUCAGAAGAUUCAACUGGGAAAAGGAGGGCCUUGGUUUUAUGUUACAGGCAUUUCUCAGGAUAACACUCUUAGGCUUCAGGAAAACCAGAACCAAACAUCUGAUCUUCAUACUAUUGGCUGCAAAUCCUUGUUAAAAAGUCUGACCCUUUUCAUCCCUCCUUUUAUCUCUGUUGAACCUUACCCUCAAAACCUGUUCAAUUGUUCACGGAUUAGUGAUAUUAAUUCGAAUUACGUUUCUCUCUGCAAUGACUCCAAACAUUCUAUUUAUAAAAAGUUGCCAAGAACUGUUCCAUGUUCAUCUAUUCAGUUCCUAGUGAACAAGUCUCAAACAAGGGUUGAAAUCCUUAAUUUAUACACCGGUCGAUUCCGUCUUCAGGUGAAUGUAUCCAGAGAAUGUCGUCAUAGGAGAAAGGGAGAAUGUCAAAUUGACAGCAGGGGGAAAUUUCAUUGUUCAAACUCCAGAACAGGGAAUCUUCUACAUGACCCUGGAAAGUCUAAACAAGAAAAACAAUCAUGA